AUGCUUUGUAGAUUGAGGUGACCCCCGAAUCGCGCAUCGCCUUCAUAUCGGAACAGCUGUGUAUUGGUUGCGGUAUCUGCCCGAAACGCUGCCCGUUCGGCGCUAUCACUAUUAUCAACCUGCCCACGAACCUCGAGAGCCAGAUUACCCAUCGUUAUUCCGCCAACAGCUUCAAGCUUCACCGUCUGCCCAUGCCGAGGCCCGGCAACGUCCUCGGUCUCGUGGGAACCAACGGUAUCGGCAAGAGUACCGCUCUCAAGAUCCUCAGCGGCAAGCUCAAGCCCAACUUGGGCAGAUUCGACAACCCGCCUGACUGGGAGGAUGUGAUCAAGCAUUUCCGUGGCUCCGAGCUGCAGAACUACUUCACCAAGCUGCUUGAGGAUGACCUCAAGGCUGUCGUUAAGCCGCACCGUCUCUCGCUGGGCAACCUCGAUGAGGUUCUCGACACCCUGGAGCUACGCCACAUUUAUGACCGUGACGUUACACUGCUUUCUGGUGGUGAGCUCCAGCGUUUCGCCAUCGGUACUGUUUGCGUGCAGAAAGCCGACGUGUACAUGUUCGAUGAGCCGUCGUCGUACCUUGAUGUCAAGCAGAGAUUGAGCGCUGCCCGCAUCAUCCGGUCCCUCCUGCGCCCUGACGACUACGUCAUUGUCGUCGAGCACGAUUUGUCCGUGUUGGAUUACCUCUCAGAUUACGUCUGCGUCCUUUACGGCAAGCCCGCAGUCUACGGUGUUGUUACCCUUCCUUACUCCGUCCGCGAAGGCAUCAACAUCUUCUUGGAUGGUCAUAUUCCAACCGAGAACUUGCGCUUCCGCGAGGAAAGCUUGACCUUCCGUAUCGCAGAAGGCACCGAGGAGUUCAUGAUUGAGAAAUCGCGGGCUUUCCGCUACCCGGCUAUGGAGAAGACAAUGGGCAACUUCAAGCUGAGCGUCGAAUCCGGCGACUUUUCCGACUCGGAAAUCAUUGUCAUGAUGGGCGAGAACGGGACUGGCAAGACUACUUUCUGCCGCCUUCUGGCUGGUGCUCUCAAACCCGACGGAGCUCAGAAGGUCCCCGAGAUGAAGAUUAGCAUGAAGCCACAGACCAUCACCCCCAAGUUCGAGGGUACUGUUCGGCAGUUGUUCUUCAAGAAGAUCAAGGCCGCAUUCCUGUCUCCUCAGUUCCAGACUGAUGUCGUCAAGCCUCUCAAGCUUGAUGACUUUAUCGACCAAGAAGUGAAGAAUCUGUCUGGUGGUGAACUUCAGCGAGUGGCCAUUGUCCUGGCCCUCGGUAUGCCGGCCGACAUCUACCUCAUCGAUGAGCCCUCUGCGUAUCUCGAUUCCGAACAGCGUAUCGUCGCCAGCCGUGUCAUCAAGCGAUUUAUCAUGCACGCCAAGAAGACGGCCUUCAUCGUCGAGCACGAUUUCAUCAUGGCUACCUAUCUCGCCGACCGUGUCAUCGUCUUUGAUGGCCAGCCGGGUAUCAACGCACAUGCCAACAAGCCUGAGUCGCUGCUCACCGGUUGCAACACCUUCUUGAAGAACCUGGACGUCACCUUCCGCCGUGACCCGACCAACUUCCGGCCCCGUAUCAACAAGGCCAACUCGCAACUCGACCAGGAGCAGAAGCUCAGCGGCAACUACUUCUUCCUGGAAGACCCCGAAAAGAGCUCUUGAAAAGGGCAUUCCCAAGGAUACCCAUAACAACCACGACCGCCGCCCCCCCCGCGACGAUGCAUCUGAUUCCGGCGUUUUAGGCGUUCAAAAAGGCGACAGCUGUAAGAGUCGGCCCGGCGGCGCCCGGGGCCAUCUCGACGGUGCAUCGGAAGAGGGCGGCCUGUCCGAGGACGACGAUCCGGACAUCUAACAUCGGCGGCGGUAGCCGAUCCCCUGUUGCCUGGUCCUACUGAGAACUAGUU